GUAAGAUGACCACAGCAAUAGAGGAAAAAGAGCUUCAGGAGAGACUGAGAGAAGCUGCUGCUUUGGGAGAUAUUGAAGAAGUUCAGCGAUUGGUGGAAUCUGGAGUGAAUGUUAACUCUCAAAAUGAAAUAAAUGGCUGGACUUGCUUGCAUUGGGCCUCCAAACGGAGCCAUGCUCAUGUGGUAUCGUACCUUCUCAGCGCUGGAGCUGAUAAAGAAAUUCUCACAGUUAAAGAAGAAAGACCAGCCCAGUUGACAUCCAAGAGGGAAAUCAGGAAGAUGCUGGGAGAAAAUGAUGCUGAUGAACUGCUGGAUGUGAAGAAAGACUCUGCCUUGCCCAUCAUCCCUAAUUACUUGGCUAACCCGCCUUUUCCUUAUAUGUAUAACUCCAUGAGCAGUAGCACUACCAGCAUCUCCUCUUCCUCUCUGAAUGGAAGACUUUCCCCUUCUUCAGAACAGCACAAUGAGGAUUGCCCCGUGUCUUUACCUCAGGUCCAGUUGCCUGGCACUGCCAUGCUGCAACAUGAAAAGUCUCUUCCUGUUGGGGACAUGCCCAGCUCACCCCAUGCAGAAUGCCCGGAGCCUGCAGUCCAGAAUGGUCAUGUUCCCCAAAUGCCUGUUCCUCCAAGUAGGACUCUCUCUACUCCAGCUAAACCUAAACAGCCUGAAGCUCAACAACAGAAUGGCUGUUGUGCUGGACUUGUCCCAGCAUUUCAGCCCUUUUUCUUCACUGGAGCAUUUCCCUUCAAUAAUAUGCAAGAACUGGUGCUUAAGGUCAGAAUUCAGAAUCGCACUCUUAAAGAGAACGACUUCAUUGAAAUUGAACUGGAUCGGCAGGAGCUGACUUAUAGUGAACUGCUCCGAGUGAGCUGCUGUGAACUUGGGGUGAAUCCAGAACAUGUGGAGAAGAUUAGGAAGCUUCCCAAUACAGUAUUAAGGAAGGACAAAGACGUUGCAAGACUUCAGGACUUCCAGGAACUGGAGCUGGUUCUAAUGAUGAGUGAUAAUGACUUUCUGUUUAGAAACGCUGCACCAACAUUGACUGAACGGCCUUGUUUUAAUAAGAAAGCAUCAAAGCUGACUUACUAACCGUUUAAAUGAAAUACCUGUCACCAGUAGUUAAUUGUUAAAUCUAGGAUUUUGUAAGGGCUAAUAACCUCAAAUUCUACUUUACCUUGGAAGGCAGAGGGAACCUAUGAAGCACACUUGCUUGGAAGCAAGUUCAGGCUAAAAACACCAGGAUUCGCUUCAAGGCAAAUGUGCUUGAGGAUCAGGACUGCACCUGCAAAUAAUUUUUUUGUGCAAAGUAGUACUGAAAUAAUGGCUAAGUUGCUAAGGACUGAUAAAGGACUGCCUCUUCGCACAGCAGCAUUUCUUGCAAGAGAAUUACCCUUCUUUGAAACACUGCAGAGUUAGAAGCUCUCAGGGAAAGACUUGAAUUAAACUGUUCUAAUAACUGCUACUUAUUACAAAAUAGCAGGAGCACUUAUACUGAAGGACAGAACAUGAACUCCAUUUAAUGCUUGUAAUGGGAUACUUAAGAAGCAGACAUUCCUCAUGUAGAGUUAACACACAUGCUGCUUGAGAAGAGAAUAAGCUACUUUUCCAGGAAGGAGGGGAGGAGAAAAGAGAAACCAGGGUUCUCGCCAAUGGUUAUGUUGGUAUAAUGAAUCAAGGUGUUGCUAUUGAUGAAUUAAACUAACACAGUGCUCUUGGAGAAACAGGCACAAGACAGAUAUAUCCUGCUGCUUGAGCCUACUGAGAGGAGCAGCUGAUGGUAUUAAGUGGUAGCAUAGGGCAUGAGCAGGAAACCUUGGGGUAAGCUAGCAGAAGCUUCUGAAGGGUGUGUAAAAAUUGCACAUUUUAUACCUUAGAGACCACAACAGAGGAUGACACCACCCAGUGACACACUGUGGCAUAGGAUGUUGGAAGAACCAGCUCAAACUGCCCAGUCUGGGUUUCUUACGGAGGCACAAUGCUUAAUUUGGCUAGUUCCAAAAGUGUUAAUUAACGAUCGGCUGUGAUUUCUUCAAAGUGGUGCUGAAGUCAAAUAUUGAAAUAUAUUUACAGCAUAAACGGUAAAGAAAGCAUUGAUCGGAAAUAUUAGUGCAUAAUUCUCAAAUUUAGGAGUGCUUCUCCAAUAGUAUCUGGUGGGUGCGUUUUAUUUUAAGCUGAAGUUAAGAAGUUUCUGAGGGAUGUUUAAGACAGCAACUGUAUUCCACAACCUGAUCCUGUCUAAGAAAGGAGCACAAUUUCUCCUAGCCUUUAUUCAAACUAGUCUGGUCUUGACAUUGUUUACCUAUUUAAGGAAAGUAAUCAUGUAGCAUUUUAAAUAGUAAAAUUAUUUUUAAUACCAGGAUAAGUUAUAUAAAAGCUUGGAAUUGCUAUGCAUUUUCAAAGACUCGCUUGCAUUUCAUAUAGGCGUGCCUGCUUCUCAUCGUCUUGCUAGUUCAAGUUCUUUAUAAAUAUUCUGUUAUCAAGUCCUAGAAUUUAAAAAAAAAAUCUGGAAAGGCAUGGAACAGAGUAAUACUUUUGGAUAAUAAAAACCUAAUUGUAGGAUUCUGUGUACUAAUGUAGAGGGUUAGUUAAACUAUGGUGCAAAAAUGCAUAGGGUAAAUUGGAUGGCACUUGGGUAGUCAACAGGAUAGUCUGCUGCUGAUUUUAAUAUCAGCGUACUCCUAACAUGUGAUUUGGGGUUAGCAUUGUUAUUCAUGCGUCUCAUGGCCC